AUAUUAAGCCCGCAUUUCUCUUCCAAGUUUUCGUGCAAUAAUACAAUUUACGACACGACGUUUGUUGCCGAAACCAUCUCUUCUAUUAUCGGUCAUCACUACCAAAUCAAAUCAAUCUCCUCUAGUACAGAUUCAGCUUCCUCUACCUCUGAAUUAUCAGUUCAUCCAUAGGUAUAACCAUAAUUCUUCUAAUUUUUCAUCAUCUAUUCUUCAAAUCUUUCAAUUUUAAUUUAAUUUUCUUUCAUUACUGUUAUGCAUUGAUCCAUCAAAAUUUCACAAAUUCUGUUCAUUUAUUGCUUACUUAGUGAUAAUUAACAAUUGGGUACUCACCAUUUUGCAAUUAGAGCUUGAUUUUACAAAUGGGUGAUCAUAAUCAUAAUCUUGAGGCUCCAGAUUUUAUUACUGAUUUACCCUCAAGUAUUACAGAAAGUAUUCUGACAAGAUUACCUAUUAGAGAUGCUGUAAGAACUAGCUUACUCUCCACCAAAUGGAGAUAUAGAUGGAACACUCUUAGCCACCUUGUUUUUGAUGAUAAAUGUGCUGCAAUGUAUAGUGAUAAGUGUGUUAUUGAGGUUAGGCUGCUUAAAUUUAUCACUAGCGCUUUGUUUCUUCAUCAAGGGCCCAUUCAUAAGUUCCAGUUAUCCACUUCCUAUUUGCAGUGUUGUCCUGAUAUUGAUCAGUGGUUACUUUUUCUGUCGCGUCGCGGGAUUAAAGAGUUGGUUCUUGAAUUAGGCGAGGGAGAGUGGUUUAGGGUGCCUUCUUGUCUUUUUAAUUGCGGGAAAUUGACGCGUUUGGAGUUGACGCGUUGCGAGUUUGAUCCGCCUCCUAGUUUUAAGGGUUUCUUGUGUUUGAAGAGUCUUAAUCUUUAUCAAGUUUUGGUUGCUCCUGAGGCGAUUGAGAGUCUUAUCGCCGGCUGCCCUCUUCUUGAGAGUCUCUCGUUGUCGUAUUUUGAUAGUUUGGUUCUUAAUAUAAGGGCUCCGAAUUUGAAGUACUUGUGUUUGGAGGGUGAGUUCAAGGAUAUUUUUCUUGAAAAUACGCCGCUUCUUGUUGCUAUGUCGAUUGCUAUGUAUAUGACUGAUGAUGUUGCUGAACAUUUUGAGCAAAUUUCGAGUUGUAAUUUUAUCAAGUUUCUUGGUGGGGUGCCUCGUCUCGAGAGGCUUAUUGGGCAUAUCUACUUCACAAAGUUUUUGAGUAUAGGUGAUUAUCCAGGAAGAUAUUCAAUUACUUACAGCUGCCUGAAAGUAAUAGAACUAUAUCAAGUUAGUUUUGAAGAUAUGAAAGAGAUACAUAUUGUUCUUCGCCUGAUCACAAACUCUCCUAAUCUGAAGGAACUUCGAAUUUCGGGUUCGUCAAACACUCUAGCUGCCGUAGAAGCGCCUGAUUUGGAUUUUUGGUUAAAAGAGUGCCCUAAAAACUGCACUUUCGAGAAGCUCAAAGGAGUAAAGAUGACGGAUAUGUCGGGUGUGCCACAUGAGAUGGAAUUUAUCAAAUUCUUGCUUGCGAAUUCACCUGUGCUCGAGACGUUGAGCAUCACUCCUUGCGUAUAUGUCAUGGAUGGAAGAGUUAAUAUGCUGGUUGAGCUGUUGAAGUUCCGCAGAGCGUCUGCUCUAGCUGAAAUUCUGUUCAUCCAAGAUUAAGCUUAUUAUUCCUUUUUCAGUUUAGGCGGCAUGAAGAUGCAGGAUUGGUCUCAGUUACUAUGAAAAUUUUAUUGAAGGGAUAAUUUAUAUUGUUACAAGAAAAUAGAAGAAAAAUUCUUCACUCAACAAUUAAAAAGACGAGUAACGCUCAACUAUAUGUCGUUCAGAUCUGAUUUCUGUACAAUCAGGAUUUUUUGACAGAGCUUUGAAGCUCCACUAUGGUUGGUAAUAUACAUGUCUUUGAGAAUCAUGUCAUCUGGGUCCUGAGAGCUCCAUUGCUUGAACAAGUAAAGAAGAGUCAUCUGUGAGAUCAGAAUAUCGCUCCGAAGAUGAGAACUCAUUGGCUCUUGAUCUUGUUGCUUCUGCUCUCUGAGAUGCUUCCCAUUUCUCCGCCAAUCCGUCUCCUUCAAGCAUCCGAACAACUUCUGACAUUUUUGGUCUGUGCCCCGGAAUGAAUUGAGUGCAGAGUAGAGCUACCCGAACCAUUUCUUCCAACUCGAUUACAUCGUAAGCGUUUUUUAGAUCUUUGUCAACUAACAGCUCAAGUUUUUUUUCCUGAUGAAUCUUCUUAACCUGCAAAUAGGGUACUGAAAUUUAGUUGUUGCAAUUGGGGGUGUACAAAAACCGAAUAACCGAACUGAACUGCCUAAUUCGGUUCUGUUUGGUUUUGGACGUAAAACUAAUUCAGUUCAGUUUUAGUACAAA